AUGUUAGGAUCCUUGUCUCUCGCUGUUGCGUUGCCGCUGCUUCCAGCAGCAAAUGCUCUCGUCAGGAAGGAUGGUGUUGGUAAACUCCCAGCUCUAGGUUGGAACUCAUGGAAUGCAUUUGGCUGUGAUAUCGAUUCGACUAAGAUUAUCACGGCCGCCAAUGAGAUUGUCAACCUUGGUCUCAAGGAUCGGGGAUACGAAUAUGUGAAUAUCGAUGAUUGCUGGAGUAUCAAAGAUGCUCGCAACACAACUGAUCACCGUAUCAUUCCAGAUCCAUCCAAGUUCCCAGAUGGUAUCUCUGGUGUUGCAGACCAGGUUCAUGAGCUCGGGUUGAAGAUUGGUAUUUACAGUAGUGCCGGUGAAACCACCUGUGCUGGCUAUCCAGCUAGUCUAGGCUAUGAAACCGUUGACGUACAAUCCUUUGCGGAAUGGGGAAUCGAUUACCUAAAAUACGAUAAUUGCGGUGUCCCCUCAAACUGGACGGACACUUAUACAGACUGUGUCCCCGACGGCAAUGGCAAUUUCCCGAAUGGUACCUGCCCUGAUAUUGAUAAUCUCGCGCCGGAAGGAUACGAUUGGACGAAAUCCAAAACAUAUACUCGCUACGUGGCUAUGCGUGAUGCUCUGCUGAACGCUGACCGGACGAUCUUAUAUUCCCUUUGUGACUGGGGCCAGGCGGAUGUCAAUUCUUGGGGGAAUAAGACUGGGAAUUCAUGGCGGAUGUCCGGGGAUAUUACCGCGGAGUGGGAUCGUAUUUCCGAGAUUGCCAAUGAGAAUAGUUUCCUCAUGAAUCAUGUCAACUUUUGGGGUCAUCCUGAUCCGGACAUGUUGGAGGUUGGGAAUGGCAACCUUACCCUUGCAGAGAAUAAGGCUCAUUUUGCCCUCUGGGCUAUUAUGAAGUCUCCCCUGAUUAUCGGAACGGCGCUCGACUCGAUCAGGGAUGAACACCUGGUUAUUCUGAAGAACAAGUAUCUUCUUGACUUCCACCAGGAUCCUGUCGUUGGAAGUCCUGCUCAUCCCUAUAAAUGGGGGUAUAAUCCUGACUGGACCUUCGACCCUGCUCACCCAGCGGAGUAUUGGUCUGGGGCUUCAUCUACCCUUCAAGGUACAUUGGUUCUUAUGUUCAACUCGGAGAAUAAGACCUCCACUCGGACUGCUAUGUGGAACGAGGUUCCUGAGCUCAAGGCUCACGAUGCUUACCAAGUUAUCGAUGCUUGGACGGGUAAGGAUUUGGGAUGCGUGAAGAAGCAGUACAGUGCGUCUUUGGAAAGUCAUGAUGUGGCUGUGUUGGUGGUGAAGGGACAUUGUUAG